GAUUUGAUCUAUUAUCAUAUUUUGCAAUGAUAAUAUGCUUUUACAAUAAAACUUGAGAUAGUUUUUUUUAUAACACUACCCAAAAUCUAAUUUGAAUUCGACCAGACAUGUCUACUUUGAGGUGAUUAGCAAUAACGUUAUUCCAACACCUUAAUCUCAUGAAAGUGGAUUCCAAAAUUUGCUCCAUACCUCUCCUUCACUACCACAAACGAUCCAAAUUACUAAAAUACCCCUCCCCCACACCAAAAAGAAAAACAAAAAGCCCGAAAUCCACUUCAAACCACACGCUCACCAACGGCUACACUACACCAAAACUCCCCCAACCCAAAAAAAUAAAAAACAUAAAAAAACAGUUAAAUAAAAACAAACAUUACAAAAAUAAAUUAUAUUAAAAUAAAAUAAAAUCUGAACCCUCUUUUUCUCUCUCAUCCGAAAACCAAAACCGUUGCAUUCCACAGUUCGUUGUCGUUGUUCAACUUUCUCUCUCCUCCAAAAAAUGGCGACUACCUCUUCCCGGCGAACCGCCGACGGCGGUGGCGUCGGAGGGAAAAUAUUGAAGAACCGGCGAGUUCGAAGCACUCCGUAUUCUCGACCAUCUCCUUCUCCUCCGCCUUCCGACGACCCUGAAAACCCUAAUUGGCUUUCUGGUUUGAUUUAUCCUGCAAAAGUCAUUGCUUCUGGUGCUGGAAAGAUUCUUUCGUUUUUCGCGAAUGAUUAUUCGUCGUCGUCUUCUUCCUCUGAUGGAAAUUCUUCUGAUAAUGAUGACGAGGAGGAGAAGAUUGGGAAUGACAUCUCAUUUCAAGAGGAUGAUAGACUAGAUAAGGUGCUGUCUCUAUCCAGCAAGAGUGAUAAUAAGCUUGCAAUUGAACAGUUGGUUACUGAAGAGACAUAUUCAAGGAAAGAAGCAAAUGAAUUGAUAAAACUUGUCAGGUCUCGUAUAGUGGACAGCAAUGGAACUUUUGGUGAAACUACUCCAAAUAUGCGGACCUCAGCAAUUAUGGAAGCCAGGAAAUGGCUGCAGGAGAAAAGAUCAGGCUCAAAGAAAAAGUUUCAGAUGGAGCUUGAUUCGGCAAAUGUGGCGUCACCAUUCCAAAUCUCCAGAAGUGAGAAGGGGUCCCCUGUGGAUAUGGCAAGAUCAUAUAUGCAGAAUCGUCCUGCCUGGGCAUCUCCGACUUUGAAGCAAGCUGAGGCUGGAUCUUCAUCACCGUUGGGCAUGCUACAUUUCAAGGAAGAAACACCGAUGUCAACCUUACGCAGCUCUGAGAUGAAAAGGAGUUCUUUUAAAUCUGGUUCUUGGAAUUUAUUGGAAGAAAUUCGAAGAGUGCGCUCUAAAGCUACAGAAGAGUUAUUAGCUGCUGCACCACUGACAAAGACCAUUCUGUUUUCUUCUGAAAGUAAUCUGCCUCAAGAUUCAGUGUUGAAUAAAGCAGUUGAGGAAGGGGCAGGCCCUGCAGAGUCUUUGCAUGAUAAGCCAGAAAAUGAAACAAGUACUCUUUACAGAGUCAGCCAGGAAGGUGAGGCUAUUCAAUCUGUGGAGCACCAAGAGUCCCAGGAAGCUGCUGAGUUGACGCAGAAUGAUAAUGAUGAAGUGAAGCAGUUGAAGGACACAACAGCAGAAAAUGGCUAUGGGUGUUCUGCAUCUGGUUUGGCUCAAGGACAGGACACUGCUAAUGAGGCAAGGCCAUCUGAAGGAGAAAAUGGGAAUUUGGUUGAUUCAAGCCAAGCAGAGCAUGAUAUUCAUAUGGAAGAUAACUUAAACCCUCAAGAGGAGCCAGUUAUUGACAUACCAACUGAUGCUGUGGUUAAUGGUUCCCCAAACAGCUCUAGCAUGCAACAGGAGGAACUGUCACAAAAUUUCAGCCAGCCGGUCGCAGGAGAUAGCCCAGCAUCCAUAGUCAAGGACACACAAAAGGAGAGAAAAUCGAGAGGUUACACACGGAGAGGCAGAGGAAAGGGUAAAUGAAUCACUGACUCCAAAUUGUAACUCCAUUUGUAUCAUGCCUUGUAUGCUAGUGUAGACGUAAUCUUAACGCAGAUAGAGAGCAUCUGUAGGGUUUGAACUUUGAAGCGGACUUGUAGCAGUAAUUUAUCAGCCUCCAAUCAGUCCAAUCGCGGUAAUUAUAGGUCCUUUGUAGUGGGCAAUUUGUAUCUCAGCAGAGUGCUUGAUUACAUGAUGGUUUGUGUAGUUAAUGGGAUGAUUCCCACAUGAUUUAAUUUCUCAAUGAUUAGUCCAACAUUUGGAAGCUUGAAAAACUCUUUAAUCUUAAUUUAAAGGAAUAAUUGCACGAAUAAUCUCAA